AUGCUUAAGCUUUACCAGUGCUCAAGCUCCAGCUCUAGUUCAAGCUCUAGUAGCUCAAGCUCUAGCAGUUCCAGUUCAUGUAGUUCAAGUUCAAGCUCUAGCAGUUCGAGUUCUAGCAGUUCCAGUUCAAGUAGUUCAAGCUCAAGCUCUAGCAGUUCAAGUAGUUCAAGUUCAAGCUCUAGCAGUUCGAGUUCAAGUAGUUCAAGUUCAAGCUCUAGCAGUUCGAGUUCAAGUAGUUCGAGUUCUAGCAGUUCCAGUUCAAGUAGUUCAAGUUCAAGCUCUAGCAGCUCCAGCUCAAGCAGUUCAAGUUCGAGCAUUCAAGUAAUUCAAGUUCAAGCUCUAUUAGCAGUUCUAGUUUCAAACAUUUCAAGCUCUAGUAGCCUAAGUUCAAGAAACAUAUUUUUCAGUAUUGAAAUGAAAACAUAUUCUUCCUACUUCAUUCAGGAUUACCUAUCACUAGCUUGGUUCAUGUAUUACAACCCGUUUUUGUAA